CUCGGCAGUUCCACUCAUGACACCUGCUGGGCAACAGUCGGGCUGCCGGGAAAACCGGAAGGGCCUGUACUACUGUUGACUAAGUUCAGAUUGGUCGUCCCAAGAAUACAGUAGCAGGCGGCAUUGGUCGUCAUUGCCGCUCAGCCGUCACUGUUGCGACGUUUUGAGGGUCGCAUUGGAUUAGUUGAGGAACGGAGCUUGCGCACCGGUAGAAGCAUUCCUUUGCAAGGGCCGGAAAUUAUACUAUGUUCGCUUUUCGCCCCGUAAGCGUGGCCAUGGCUCAUCGUUGGACUGCUGACGGAGUGGACUAAGAAAUCACAAACAAAAAAAACUAUCGUUUUCUGUGAAGCUCUUUUUUUUGUUUCCGCGGAAGACUCCGCCGAUGGUCCGGCUUCCCCCCGCGCAACCCAUUCCGCGGAAAAUGCGCGACUCGCGAUCCCUACGGCAUGUGGACGAGUUUGAAAGACUGGCGGCCGAAAACGACGCGGACAGCGUCGCCGGCCGUCGCACGGACGACGCCGGCGACGGCGACGGCGACCCCUCCUCGUCGCCGCCCGCGGCAUCUGCGACCGCGAGCGACGUUGAGGCGCCCGUGCGAAUUCGCACGGUGCAUUACGACGCGCGACGGGAGACGGAUUACGUGAUCGUGGUUCACGGCACGUUCGACGCGCCACCCGCGGACGGCACGCGCACGUGGUACCAGCCUCCCGCUCCGGGGGAGCAGAACUUCUGCGCCAAGAUGGGCGCGCUGCUGGCGCGCGGACCCAUCGGCGCGGGGAGCGUCUGGCGGGAGCUUCCGCCCGAGUUAGCGUCGCAAGGGGCAGGAACGCAGGGAGCUGAGUCGCAUGGCGUCGCCGAGUCGUCGUCAGGGACAGUGUCGCAGGUGGCAGAAUCGCAGGGAGGCGAGGGGUCGCACGUGGGGGAGUGGCAGCGCAUGGUGGGCGGCGACGUGCCUUACCCGUUCUUCUGGGACGGCAGCAACACGCACGAGGGACGUGUGAAGGCCGCUGAGAAGCUCGCCCGCUUGUUUGACCUGAUAGCGCGCAGCGACCCGUCAGCUCGCAUCCACGUUAUUUCCCACUCCCAUGGGGGCAACGUGCUGCUUAAAGCCACAGAGCUGUACAUGAAGAAGCUUCCUACCGAGUCUUUGAGCAGCCUGCACCCGGCGAUCAGGAAGCGCUUCUGGGCGGCGCACAGGCGCGGAUUCGAUAUGGUGAAAGUUUGGCGGCAGCCGGCUAGACCCUCUGGGUGGCAACGGCUCUUCCCUUCCCCCGUUGUCAUGAGGAGCAUGACGGGCGGCAAGGUCUCUCACGGCACCAAGGAACGCUACCCCUGGGGCCGCUACCACUGCCUGGACUCCCUCCUGGGCCUCCCCACCAAGCGGCAGCGCCUCUUCCUCGCCCACCGCCUCGCCACGAGCCCCCUGUCCAACGCGCUGGGCUCCCUCGUCUUCCUGGGCACGCCCUUCUACGUCAAGAAGUGGGAGCGCAACGGGAUACGGUGGCUGGUGGUGGGCACGGUGGCCAGCAUCGUGGUGACGCUGGUGGUGAUGUGGGGCUAUGCGAUGCUCGUCUCGUUUGCCAUCCGCAGUAUCGUCAGCCAUCAGACAGUGGACGCGCCCUACAUAGCGCCACUAAUCGCAUCGGCCCUCAUCCUGGUCUUUGCCACCAUCAGCGUCAGCAUCGAGCUCUCCCGCAGUGCAGCCUUCUACAGCGGCAACAUCUACCAUGCUCCGGACUUUGAUUGGUCGCCUGCCAUGUCAGCACUGGUCGUCCAUGCUGGCAAGCUUGAUGAGGCCAGCCUGGCACUCAGUUCCGAGCCUAUCGCCCGAGCCUACGUCUUUCCGCACCUAGCCAACAUGCUCAAGCUGCCCUUCUGGAAGAGCCUCCCCCAGCUGCCACCCAAAGGCGCCCUCGCAGUCGACUGGCUCCUUUUUUUCGCCACCUUCGGGCGGAUCCUUCUGUGGAACAUAAUUUUCAUCCUGCCAGCGAUUUUCAUCUCUCUGGCGUCCCAUGUGGUGGCGCCGAUGGUGAUAGGGGUGGUACGGAACGUGAUCGUGACCAUCAGCUUUGGCCUGGCUCAAAACGAGCUGAGCUUCGCCCAUGUCUUCAUGGAUGAGAUUCUGGACCUCGGACUUUCUUCCCAACACGUGGAGCACUGGAACGUGCAGAAACUUCUAGCGCUGGCCAAGACCCGGUCGCUGCAGGGGGAGCUGAUGGCAGGGUACGAGGAUGACACCUGCGACAUGGGGGAGGCUGUAUUCCAGGAGGGGUUGCUUGGGGAGGGGCUGAUUUUGGGGGAUGGGGAGAAGGAUGCGGGGAGGAAGGAAGAAGGGGUUAAGGGAGAAGAAGUUAAGGGGGAGGGGAGCGGGCAUGCAGUGCAGCAGAAGAAGGGAGGGUCGGCAGUGGGGGGAGAAGGGGUAGCAGGAAGCGGUGGUGGUAUGGCAGGAGUAGCAACACCAGAACGAAUGGCAGCAGCAGCAGCAGCAGCAUCAGCACCAGGAGCAGCAGCAGACGCACCAAUGGCACAACAGGCAUCAGCGACAGCAGGCACAGCUGGCGACACCCAAUCAAUUCCGGCAGCGUCUGCAGCAGCAGGGGUGGCGGUAGCAGGGGUGGCGGUAGCAGGUGCUGUAGGGACAGCAGCAGAAGAAGAGAAGGACAAGGAGAGCCGCUACCGGCCCAUUCUGGACCCGUCUUUGAGCGCCUCUGCUGGCCAAUGGCAGCGCAGCGCGAGCAGGCUGCGGAGGCGAGUUACGUUCAAGAGCGCGCGAACCCUCAGAGAUGACACCCACGGAGAUGACACGCACGGAGAUGUAACGCAUGGAGAUGUAACGCAUGGAGAUGUAACGCAUGGAGAUGUAACGCAUGGAGAUGUAACGCAUGGAGAUGGACCGCAUGGACAUGUAACUCCUGGAGAUGUAACGCCGGAUCGUCCUCUCCUCCCACCCGGCACAAGUCUGGGGUUCUCCUCUUCCAACCCCCCCCAUACGUGGGUGGAGGAUGGGGAAGGGGGCCGUGCCAAGCAGCCAGGAAUGGAAGGGGAAGAGGGGGGAGGAGCGAGGAACGGAGAAGAGGGACAGGGGGAGAAGCACGGCGAGGCUGGGACGUCAGGGGGUGUGGUGGGGAACAAGAAGCAUGGGGAGGAGAAGCUGUUGUAUGAUUAUUUAUGGGACGAUAACGAUCUGGAUGAGGCGGCCGCCAAGUGCCUCACUUACCAAUGCCUCGAGCCGGAGAUUAAAAAAAUGCAGCGGAACCCCCGGCUGACCCCGCAGCAGUUUGUUCGGCAGAUUAAGGAGCUCUGUGUGAUGAUCGAGGAUCGGUUUCGGGAGCUUACGGGAAAGUUUGACCUUAAUCACGGGGCGUACUUUAGAGAUCCCCGGAUUUUAGGGGUGGUUGCGCAUUUUUUGGAGUUUAGGGAGCUUCCAGAGUGGUCUAGAGCGAUUGAUACCGAUGUGUUGAGAGCAGAGACCCUGGUGCAUUCAGGUCUGGGCCGGGCUUGUGCCUUGUGAACCAGCAUUAAAUUAAUGAGUAUUGAAGUA